AUGCAUUUGCUCGGCAUUGUUGGCUGCUGCUUUCUCAUAUAUGGACCACUAGUAAUUGCCUCCGUUGGCGCACUUGCAACACAUCCACAGCUUUUGCUGUUGGCGCUGGGUGCCGCCUUUGUGGCGUUGUUUAGUCCUUUCAUCACCGCGUUUUUUUAUCUUGCGACAAAGCGAGCACCGCUAGCGCCGUUGCUUGUCGUCGUGAGCGUCACAGUCACCGGGGUGCUGCGGGUUGGGCUGCUUUUCGUACUUUACCGCGCGGAGUCGUUAACGCGUAGUUAUGGGCAGCUGCUCGCCUCCAGUCCAAUGCGCUUCGCCCUUGUCUCUGCUGCCGUGGGAUGUGCGUUUGGGGCGGUGUCUGCCAUGCGUGGGACGGGCACACUGCUUGACUCCACGCAGCGGUUGAAGUUCUACACGAAGGGGACGACGACGUAUGACCUGAACGUCUGCCCGCGUCUCCCACUGCUGAUGCAUAGCGCCCUGCAGUCUUUCAUGUUGCUGCUUUGCCAGGUGGCCUGGGCGGUGAUGACCGGACAGGCCGUGGCCGCGUUGCAGGUGCUGCGGCAGCCGCAAAGGGCGUGGCGUCAGCUGCUUUAUUUCUGCGGGGGCAACACGUCCGGCGGAGCUGUGGCUGUAGUGGACUCGCUGGAGACGUGCCCUGACGCUCCGGGCACGCCAGUGGAAGCCAGCAUUUCGCCCCAGCCGGAAACUGCCGAACGGGCGCCAUCACCACCGUUGUAUUUGGCACCUCCCUGUGUGGAGGAGGAACUACCUGCUACGUCUUUUUGCGAGCGGGCUCAACGCACGGAGCGAGAGGCGCAGGAGGAGGAGGAAGAAGAAGAGGAAGAAGAAGAAGAAGAAGAAGAGGGGGAUGCGACGAGGGCGGAAAAACAUGUGCGUCCCAUCUCCUCGCUCACGGAGGAGCCUAAUCCCAAUGCUGGUUUCGAGCCACUGUUGUCGCCGCAGGAGAAGCAGCCGAUGGCGCUGCCUGAGCCCACAUUGCUGUACAAAACUCCACUUUUGGCGGUGGCCUCUCUUAGCGCCGCCUUUGUGCUGCACCUGCUGUUCGCACUUGCCUCACUGCUAAACCUGGCGGCUCGCAGCGCGGGGACCAGGAGUGUGGCGCCACUGCGUGGCUGCGAGGUUUCUCUGCCUCUUCAGGCCACCAUCACCGUAGUCUCGCUUCUGUGGAUGGCAGCUCUGAUACGCCUGGAGCGAGCCAGAGUGACUUGCGAGGGAGUGUGA